CUUGAUUGCCUGGACAACAGGCGACUCUGUCCAUCACGUAAUUACUCGAGAUGGCUAAGAAUCUCCAUUUUUCAAAAUCAUCCAUUCUCUUCCUCGCAAUUCAUCUGUUCCUCGUAAUUCUCUCUGGAAGUUUUACGCAUGCAUCCCAUUUUUCUAAAUCCAUCCAAGGCCUAGAGGGAUCCCUCAAGGGCCAGAGGGUGUCGGGCUUAAAUGAGGUCAAGCGUUACCUGAAUAGGUUCGGAUACUUGGGAUACGAAACUGCAGACAAACACAGCAUUGAAGACGAUGAUGAUGAGUUCGACGAGGGCUUGGAGUCAGCUCUUAAAAUGUACCAGAAAUAUUACAAUUUGAAGGUUACAGGAAGACUUGACUCCGAUACCAUCAAACAAAUGAAUGUCCCACGAUGUGGAGAACCUGAUACAUUAAUCAAUGGUGGUAAUCAUGUCUUACAUCCACAAUAUGCAUUUUUUAAGAACAAUGCUAAAUGGCCGCCUUCUAAGCGUCAUCUCACGUAUACAUUCAACUCCAGCGCCAAAGCCGUUCGCAUGGAAAUCCUAAACGCAACCUGCUACUAUGCUUUCAAAAGAUGGGAGGCCGUAACUAAUUUCAGGUUUCAAGAGGCACCUCAGGGUACAAAGUCUGACCUAGUUAUUGGAUUUCAUCGAGGUGAUCAUGGGGACGGGACCCCAUUUGAUGGGCCUGGUGGAGUUUUAGCUCAUGCUUAUUCUCCCACGAUUGGUCAACUUCAUUAUGAUGCAGAUGAGAAAUGGAGUCUUAGCCCUAAGCUAACUAUAAACCAAACGGACAUCGUGUGGGUCGCAAUGCACGAGAUAGGGCACCUUCUUGGACUUAACCACACUCAGGUUCAGAAUGCCAUUAUGUUUGCUUAUGUUAAAAACGGAGUUACUAGAAGAGGUUUGCACCCAGAUGAUAUAAGGGGCAUACGUGCUUUAUAUGCUAUUUAAUGAACAUUCAUUCAAUAUAUGUAAUUAAGGCAAGAAUGACUUGUUUUGUAAGGCUCAUUAAGCAACAUAAAGUUGUUUUGUUUGAUGCUUGAA